CGAGUGGCCAAUUCGACCGGCAAACUGGUCUCCAGCACCAUAUACCCCCUCUCUUGCAGCUAAUUGAACAUGGGGCUGCCGAGAGACCGGGAGAGAGCGUAAAAGCUCUCGGCGCAGCCGUGACUUCGUCAUGGCUCUAUCACAUAGCGCCGGUGCUCCUCAUUUGUUCCUCACUCGCCAAUCCAAUAGGUUCGCACGCUCGAGCAAAGAUCGUCGAUCUAGAGUGAUCUACGGCGCUACUUUUGACCCUUUCGGUGGUUCUCUGUAAUCGGUCAAUAACGGUUAUUAAAAGUUUUUCCUAUCGCUAACUUUCCGCAAAAGAUUUCCGCGAUUUGCGGCACGUGCAAAGCCUACAGCUGACUCCACUUUUUGAGCCGGCAGGUGAAAUACCGUGGCCAGAGGUGAAUCAUCCAGUCAGCCGGAUCCACAUCCUAAUGCAAACCGUCGCCAAAAAUAAUAAAUGGGUCUACGACUUCCUAAGCCUUAAAGACCUUAAAGUGUAAUUACCAGAAAACGAGGACGCAUUUAUUUAAAAGCGAUAAGUUUAAAACUUUAUAUAAUAAAUAAAUUGAAUAAUUUUAAAAUGCUGAUUCAAGCAAAUUAUGACGAACCGAAGUGAAAAGAAAAAGCCAAAAAAGUCCUUUAGCUGAUAGUGUUUGUGUAACCAGCAGAAAUCAUUUGGAAUUAUCCUAAAAUUUAAUGGCCAUUCUGCAGAGUAGCCGACAAAGCCACAACCAAAUCCCACUCCACAUCCAGACGAUUCAUAGUGUUUGGUGCCAACAGAGGUCCAUUGAUGCCAUGCACCAGGAUGUCCGGCCAAAAAGCAUCGGAACCGGAAACGAGGCCCAACUGGAAGCGAAGGAGAAGAAAAUGGGGGCAGAUCCUGGAGCUGAAAAGGAGAGCUCUCCCAGCAGGAGAAGAAGGAGAAGGCGCUGCAGCAGCACUUCCACCAGUGACUCCAGUGGUUCCUCCGAUUCCUCAACAGGCUCCGAUACGGAUUCCUCCUCCAGCAGUAGCAGUAGUAGUAGUAGUAGAAGCAAAACCAACUUACCACCCGCCCUCAACUUGCAAGUGCCACUCCCACUGGCCACACCCACUGGUCACUCGCCCAACCCAUCUCCACCAUGUAGAAAGGACUCCGUCGAUUCCAAUCGCAGCAUCUCGCCGGUGGAAGUGCCUGUGGAUCCACACGCCUGGUCCUCCGAGGACAUUGCCAGCUGGGUGAAGUGGACAACGCGUAAAUUCAAACUGGAUCCAGAGCCGUUUAUCGACAGGUUCCCCAAGGACGCCCAGGAGCUGUGCGAGCUGACCCGCGCCGACUUCUGGGUCUGUGCAGGAUCGAGGCGUGGCGGCAUGCUCCUCUCCAAGCACUUUGCGCUAAGCCUAUACCACGCCACCGGACGGGAGACUAGUCCCAUGCUCAACGACGACGAUCCUGAUCCGUAUCAGCUGCUGAACGCUGCCUCGCACCGAUUGGUCGCCCAGGGCUCCGGGGGCCAAAUUCAGUUGUGGCAGUUUCUGCUGGAGCUGCUCGCCGAUUCGUCCAACGCCGCCGCCAUCAGCUGGGAGGGCCAAUCGGGCGAGUUCCGGCUCAUCGACCCGGACGAGGUGGCUCGCAGGUGGGGCGAGCGCAAGGCCAAGCCCAACAUGAACUACGACAAGCUGAGCAGGGCUCUCAGAUACUACUACGACAAGAAUAUAAUGACCAAGGUGCAUGGAAAGCGGUAUGCCUACAAGUUCGACUUCCACGGCCUGAUGGCCGCUUGCCAGGCUCAGGCGCAGGGAGGAGAUCCGGCCUCCGGUAUGCUGGGCUCCUACAACCACCACGGAGGUGGGGCGAUGCAGCUGGCCCGCCACCCGCCGCCGCCGCCGCCACUGCACCACCAUCAUCAGCACCACCAGCACUCGCACUCGCAUCCGCACCAGCACCACUUCCUGCAUCCGCACCACACGUCGCCCGCAUCCACUAGCUCCAGUCUGGGAUUCCCCUCGCCGUCGCCGGCCUCGUCGCAGCCAUCGCCUGGCCAGGCACCCGCCGCCUCCUCCUCAUCCGCAUCCGCAUCCACGUCGAAUUUUACUGCUCCAUUCCAAGGUGGGACUGCGGCCGGAGACCCAACCAGGACAUCCUCAUCGUCGACGGGGAACUACGACCAGGGCACUCCCACCACAAACGCAUUUAAUUGAGCCAGCAGAGCAACCCCAAUUUGUCGCCAGGGUUGUGAGUUCCGAAGGAUGCGGAUGCGCAUUGGACCACCCACUGCGCACUGAGAGCGUGGAGCCAACCAUCCACCACCCACUUCCAACCACCCAUCGAGGGUCAGACCUUUGGCCGUAAAAAGGUCAUUUCGCAUAAUUCCAGCUACUUUGGGUUAAUUGAGGAAUUGUGAUAACCUGGAGCAUCGCAGAGCAAUACUCGGAAACGAGAGCCAAUUUGUUACUUCGCCUGUUGUCCUUCGCUUCUAGUUGUAAGCACACAUUGGGCAGAGAUCCCUUAUUCCAAACGGGGUCUCACAUCAUUAAAUAAUUAUAAGUUCGCACAUAGAGUAAACAGUAUUUACUUAAUACAUGAAAACGUAAAUGCAAAUAUUAAA